AUGUCGGACUCACCGGCCUCUUCCUCUCGAAGUCUAGCUGCACAUAGCUCAUCUGACACCACAUCUACCAAUCCCACCUCCGACCCUCUCACACCAGCAGAUGAAGCGGCCAGUAACCAAAGGACGCCGUGCGAGGGUUGUGAUCGGAUCCUCAAUGACUUCGAAAAUUUGGUCUCGGAGAUGAUGGAUGAUAACAUAUGGACAACACAUCAGCGCACUGGUACAAGGCCAUUUGUGGCGUACGACUCUCUCGACCCCAAAUGGGCUGGAGGAUACCUCUACCGCCAUGAUCUAGAAUCCAUUUUUUACGGGUUAUUAUGCCUCUGUACCAGGUACGAGGGCCCCGGAGAGCUCGUGGACGUUUCUAGAAGGCCAUACAAAUCCUGGUUCAUUAAAGAUCACAAUCAUGAACGACGGUCGAAAGGGGAUAUGAUUUCCGACGGCAGAAUCAAUCCCACGGUCACAGCCUUUUUUCGGAGUUUUACGCCUUGGGUGACUGAGAUCUACGAAUGCAUUCAUUUAGGGCAUUGGAGGAGGGCUGGGGCUUGGCGCUUCUCGGGGUUUGACGAGAUAACGCUUGGAGGUCAUGUUACGUAUGGUGAGGUUGAGGCGAUCAUGUCGCACUGCGAAGGUGUUCCGCUGAAGACCCGAAAUUGA